GGGGUGGAGAUAGUGAUUAAUCCACAAUAGUUACAUGCAAUGGUGAUGUUUGUGGUAACAGCUGAUGUCUCUCCCCCUCUCCUCCUCUCGAGAUCCAUCAGCCGGGAUUGAUUUUUCUCUUUUUUAAAAAAAAAGAUUCACUGUUUCAUAUUUCUGGCGCAUAUGAGUAGAUUCACACUGGAGACAUGGUCAGCAGUGCCGGAAAAAUAGCUGUUCCUUUCCCCCUCAGUCAUCGACUGACUAUAAAGGAAGUGUUUGACUGCGAUGGCAAGCCCAGGGUGGACCUGCUCAAAGCUCACCUGACCAAAGAGGGGAGGGUGGAAGAAACCGUCGCACUCCGAAUUAUUAACGAUGGAGCCAACAUUCUCCGUCAAGAGAAAACCAUGCUGGAUAUAGAGGCCCCAGUGACAGUCUGCGGAGACAUUCAUGGUCAGUUCUUUGAUCUGAUGAAGCUUUUCGAAGUGGGUGGCUCGCCUGCCAACACCCGGUAUCUCUUCCUUGGAGACUACGUGGACAGGGGUUACUUUAGCAUCGAGGUUGUUUUGUAUCUCUGGUCCUUGAAAAUCCUGUACCCAAAGACGCUGUUUUUACUCCGCGGCAAUCAUGAGUGCCGACAUCUGACAGAAUAUUUUACUUUCAAGCAAGAAUGUAAAAUCAAGUAUUCUGAACAAAUUUACGAUUCAUGUAUGGAAGCGUUUGAUUGCCUUCCGCUUGCUGCGUUAAUGAACCAACAGUUCCUGUGUGUACACGGUGGGCUCUCACCCGAAAUACACUCGCUGGACGACAUAAAAAAGUUAGACAGAUUUAAAGAGCCACCAGCGUUUGGGCCGAUGUGUGACUUGCUGUGGUCAGAUCCCUUGGAAGACUUUGGGAACGAAAAGUCACAGGAAUAUUUCAGUCACAACACAGUGAGAGGCUGCUCCUAUUUCUAUAGUUAUCCCGCUGUUUGCGAGUUCCUACAGAACAAUAAUUUAUUGUCGGUCAUUCGAGCCCACGAAGCACAAGACGCAGGUUAUCGGAUGUACAGGAAAAGUCAGACUACAGGCUUUCCUUCCCUCAUCACAAUCUUCUCAGCACCAAACUACCUUGACGUUUACAAUAACAAAGCUGCAGUAUUGAAAUACGAAAACAACGUUAUGAACAUUCGACAGUUCAACUGCUCUCCUCACCCUUACUGGCUACCCAACUUUAUGGACGUCUUCACUUGGUCAUUGCCUUUUGUUGGUGAGAAAGUGACAGAGAUGCUGGUGAAUGUUCUGAACAUCUGCUCUGACGACGAGCUCAUGACGGAUGGAGAUGAGAUAUUUGACGCGAACGCCGCAGCAGCUCGUAAAGAAGUCAUCAGAAACAAAAUCAGAGCUAUCGGCAAGAUGGCACGAGUGUUUUCCGUGCUCAGGGAGGAGAGUGAGAGCGUGUUGACCUUGAAAGGUUUGACACCAACGGGGAUGCUGCCUAGCGGAGUGCUGUCUGGAGGCAAACAGACUUUAGAAAGCGCUACUGUCGAGGCUAUAGAGGCCAUUGAGGCUGUUGAAACCCACGAAGCCAUCCGAGGGUUUUCCCCUCAGCAUAAGAUCACAAGUUUUGAGGAAGCCAAAGGUCUGGAUCGUAUCAAUGAACGAAUGCCUCCUCGGAGAGAAGCAGUAUCCAACUCUGGCGGUGUUAACUCCACUGGGAAAAUGCAUCUGCCCGAAUCCAAUGGGACUGACGACAACCGGAACGUCUAAGCGACUUGCUUGUUUUCUAAGGAACUUCGCCAACUCUGCAGUUAGUUCUGUAUGGCCUGUUUCGGUGUCCCAGGCCUCUCUGAUAUUCCAAGACAGUGUACCACUCGCUCGCUCGGUCCGAAGCCAAGAGUUUCAAUAAAUUUACAACGACAAGAAAAGCCCAACCCCAUAAACAAACCCCAUAAACUUCCAGAUAGACAGAAAACAAAAUAGAUUUUUCUUAGAAAACUGGAAACAUAUUCAUCUUGUUUAGAAGCACCUGUGAUCAGUGCUUAUAGACAGGUGAAGCUUAUUACAAGCAAUUGAUCAGAUUGACUUGUCCAUUUGUUUCCCUAAUGAAAAAUAACAAGGCUACAGUCAUUUACAAAAAUAAAAGUCUCUUGUAAAAUUGUUUCACAUUGAUACAUCCAGUGGUGAAAUUUAAACAAAUCAGCGUCAGAAGUUUAAAAAAANUAAUAUAUAUAUAUAUAUAUACUGGAGGAGAAUUAAAAAAGUUUCAUGCAUAAAGCCAGUUAUACAAUUAAUUUAACGUCAUUUUAAAACUUCAAAAAAUUAAAAAGUUUUUGCUACUAGUAUUAAAAAUUCUGUAAUCAUUCUAAGUCUUAGGAAAACAAGGUUUUGAGAAGAAAAAAAUGCCAAAUCCCAGAUCACUUCUGUUUUGUACAAAAAAAAGUCAGCUGCCCGACUUAACUUCAAUGUAUUUGGAUGCUAUAUUACCAGUCUGGUUUUUACAGUAACCUACUAUCCGACCAUGUUGCUUCUAACUGGAAUCUCGAUGAUUAGUUAUUCUUUCUGUUGCAAAGUUCUCACAAACCAAUUCCGUUUUUGCUUGUCACAUGCCUGCAAUCCAGAGAUUUACAAACGGCACUAUCAUUUUUUUUCUUUUGUAAAGUAAAUUAACGUUGCAAUCACAAUUAGUGCCAGCAUUAGGAUUCUGUACAGCAAAAAUUAUAGGAUGCAUCUAUGCAUGUUGGUUAAGUUUCUCAACACUAAGUGGAGCUAUAUUUGUACUGUGUUUUUUAAAAAAUAAUCUGGCUGUGUUGUAUACUUGCUUUCUCCCUGCAAAUAUCGGUGAAGCUUUUGAGUUAUCCGCUAUUGGUGUGCAAAACACUGAAAGUUACUUUUGGGGAAGGGGGAACUUUUUUGACUUCUCUCUGUAAUGUACAGGAGUGGAUGUGGGUGUGAAUGAAUGAACACUUUGGGUGCCGAGUUGAUCAAUCCAAAAGCAACAUGUUUGGAACUGGUGCAUGAUAGCAUGGGUAUCAAAAAAAAACUAACUGUUUUAAAAUUAACUUAAGGCGCUGCGCAGUGCUUCACUAAAAGUUUCAACAUAAUUGUUUGUUUCUAUCCACUCUCUUGCUUUGUCAAAAGAAAAAAAGUGAAAACUUUUUAAAAGAGUUCAUGGCA